GCUGAGCCACAAGGCGGACUGUCGGCGCACGGCAGUGGCACCUCUCCGCUUCAGGGUGAAGAUGUUCGGCAGUCUGUGUGCCCGUAAGCUGGCUCGCCGAUCGCGGUCAGCGUUAAUAGCCGCGCUGACAGUGCUGCUGGUCCAAACGCUCAUCGUGUGGAACUUCAGCAAUCUGGACACGGGAGAAGACCGAAAAGACAACGGCAGAGAGAAGAGGGACCGAAUCGGCAUCAACAAAGCCUACAGCGAGUACCCGAAGAGCGGCUUCCAGAGGAGGCAUCAGCAGCCGCCGCUGGGGAAAGCGUCCGUUCGACACAAACAGCAACCGGACGGCUACUACUCGCAUCGGCCCAAGGAGAAAGUCCGCGUGGACAGCAACAGUGAGAACUCCGUUCCCAAAGACUUUGAGAAUAUAGACAACAGUAAUUUCGGGGCACGUUCGCAGACUCAGAGACACUCACCCGGCGAGCACAAACAAGGCCUUCUGGAGAAGGCGCAUUCGCAGCAAAGCCUGAGCAAGAACUCCAAUGAGGUCAUUCAGAAUCAGUAUGCACAGAAUAAAGGUGGCUUUAAUCAGACGCGCACCGAGCUUCAGCGGAGGGCCGAUCCCACCCUCCGUCCACAGCAAUCCCAGCAGCACCGGCACCACCUUCAGCAGGCCAAGCGAUCGGCCACGCCCACCGCCGACAUCAAGUACGAUCAGCCGCCCAAAUGCGAGAUCAGUGGCAAAGAGGCGAUCUCCGCCCUUUCUCGUGCCAAAACCAAGGAGUGCCGGCAGCAGAUAGCAGAGGUUUACUGCCGCCACAAAGAACGCCAGCUCAUGCCCGAGAAGGUCACCCGUUACUGCCCCGCAGAGGGCAAAGUGAAUAUGAAUGUGCAGUGGGAGGACGACUCUAUGGAGACUGUUCCUGCGGUACCGGUGCGGAUAGCCUUCAUAUUGGUGGUCCACGGACGGGCCUCACGCCAGGUGCAACGUCUCUUCAAGGCCAUAUACCACACGUCUCAUUUCUACUACAUUCAUGUGGACCAGCGAUCCAACUACCUGCACAGGCAGAUGGUGGCACUAGCUCGCCAGUAUCCUAACGUCCGGGUCACACCGUGGCGCAUGUCUACGAUAUGGGGUGGUGCCAGUCUGCUUACCAUGUAUCUGCAGAGCAUGAAGGAUCUGCUUGCCAUGCGAGAUUGGUCCUGGGAUUUCUUCAUCAACCUGAGUGCUGCCGAUUACCCAAUCAGGACCAAUGAUCAGCUGGUGACCUUCCUGUCCAAAUACAGAGAUAUGAAUUUCAUCAAGUCCCACGGGAGAGAUAACGCUCGAUUCAUCAGAAAACAAGGUUUGGACCGGCUUUUCUUUGAGUGUGACACCCAUAUGUGGCGGCUUGGAGACAGAAAAAUUCCAGAAGGCAUAUCCGUGGAUGGAGGCUCUGACUGGUUUCUGUUGAACCGAAUUUUCGUGGAGUAUGUCAUCAACUCUCAAGAUGACCUUGUGACCAACAUGAAACGUUUCUACGCGUACACACUCUUACCUGCAGAGUCGUUCUUCCACACGGUUCUGGAGAACAGCCCGCACUGCGAGAGCAUAGUGGACAACAACCUUCGUAUCACUAACUGGAAUCGAAAGCUGGGCUGCAAGUGUCAAUACAAGCACAUCGUGGACUGGUGCGGCUGCUCGCCGAACGACUUCAAGCCCUCCGACCUGCCCCGUUUCCAGCAAACCACCAGGCCCACAUUCUUCGCAAGGAAGUUUGAAGCCAGUGUAAAUCAAGAGAUAGUGAAUCAGCUGGACGUCUUCCUGUUCGGGAGUAUGCCCCAGGGCACGCCGGGUCUCAAGGCCUACUGGGAGAAUGUUUUUGAUGAAGUGGAUGGUAUUCACAGCCUGUCCGACGCGCAUCUCACUCACUAUCAUGCCUUCGCCCGAUUAGGUCUGGCACGGACUGCCAACUCAUUACAGGGUGACACCAGUGACAACAGCUGCAGGUAUUUUGCCAUGGGACAUCCUGUGUCUGUCCACAUCUACUUCCUGUCUGAUGAGUUCCAGGGAUACCUGGUCAGGCAUCAUGCCACCAACCUGGCGACCAGCAAACUGGAAACCCUAGAGACCUGUGUCAUGCCCAAACAGUUCUUCAGGUUCACCAAUCCACCCAAUACCUUCAACAGACUGCAGUUUGCAGAGAUUGGAACAGACUGGGAUGCUAAGGAAAGGAUAUUCCGGAACUUUGGGAAUCUGAUGGGACCCAUGGACGAGCCUGUAGGAAUGCAGAAAUGGGGGAAAGGGUCUAAUGUGACCGUGACUGUGGUGUGGAUUGACCCCACCAAUGUCAUCGCUGCCACCUACGACAUCCUGAUCGACGCCAGUGCUGAGUUCACUCACUACAGGCCUCCGCUGAACCUGCCCCUGCGGCCCGGCAUGUGGACCGUACGUGUGCUGCACCACUGGAGCCCUGUGGCAGAGACACGCUUUCUCAUCACUCCCCUUACCCACCACAAACACCUGCCUAUACGCCACGAGGAUGCUUUAAGAACGCACAACGGGCCGGCCAAGAACAGCUACAUGGAGCAGAGUUUCCAUGGCCUGAACCCCAUCCUCAACAUCCCGGUGCACCUGGGUCAGGUCGAAGCGGCCGAACACAACGCAGAGCUUACGGGCUCCGAGCUUGAGCGCUGGGUGGACAGUCUAGUGGGCGAGGUGUGGUCAGCUGUGGACAUGUGUUCAACAGGCCCCAGUGGCUGUCCGGUCAUGCAGACUUGCAGGGAAACGGUGUGGAGCUCUCUCAGCCCAGACCCAAAGUCCCAGCUGGGCCCAACCAAAACCAACGGACGAAUCAGGUAGCAGCAUUCACUGCCCUGAAGAACCCGCCUUUUUCAUUCCUUAGGCCAUUUUGUUUUUAUUAUUUAUUUUCCAGCAUCGCUCAUGUGAAUAUGAGCAAAACGGCCCUCUUUCAAAUGCAAGACACAGGGCCUC